GGGAAAGCAUGUAUGUAACAACGACUCUUUCGAAUUUUAGGAGGAAUCCGAGUACUGCAGCUCUACUAGGGCCGCCGCACUCGGGUUUAAUGGUGUUGAGAGGACGAGAAGGGGCUGAUGGAGAAGGGGCUGAUUGAGAAGGGAGAGGGUUUUUCCGAGACGGGUAUUCGAAAGGGUUGUUUAAGACACUCCCACUGCCUUCGAACGUUAUGCUUCUCAACACGGACUCGGAUUUCGGAGAGUAUUUCGUGUUCAUCCCUGUCCUUCAACCUUUGUUUUCAAAUCGUUACUAUGUUAUACAUGCUGAUGGGAAGUACAAAGGGCUAGCAAGCAAGUGUUCGACUGAAGACGAUGUGAGUUAUUGUUGCUCAAGAAGAAUCAUACAAGACGUUGAACCGAGACCCUUUGAUCAUAGAGAUGAAUUACAACAGUUUGAGAUCUGCAGCGAUGGCGAUGCUGGUUUUCAUGCGAAAUCCGUUGUUCCUAGCAGUUUUCCUCCCGCUUUCCUGAGGGUCAAAUUCUUCCUCUUUGAGGAAAACAAGAGGGUUUAUCAGUUCCAUGAUGAUGCUAAAGGGCUCGAUAACUCGAUCCGGUCACGACUUCCUAAAUUCGAUUCUUCAACGACGAAUAUGGUCGUCGGGAAAUGGUAUACGCCAUUUGUGUUUGUUAAAGAGGGAUCUUUGAAUGUUCAAAUGAAGAAGUCAUUGUUUUACACGGUGAUGUUGGAGAGACUGUGGGAGAAGAUAUAUUCAUUGGAGAAUGAUGGGAGGGAAAGUAAAGUAGCACUGAAUGUUGAGAUGAGAAGAGAGGUUGAUUUCUUGUUUGGGGUUGAAGUGUUGAGACGUAACAAUGGUGAUAAUGGAGGGUUUAUUUGGUUCAAAUCGGGUGGCGGGAAACUCGGGUUGAGUUUGGCAGUUUGGGAGGGGAUGAGGUGGUUGGAGGAGUCGAUAGGGUGGGUCAAUGGGGUUGAGAGGGUAGAAAGAGUGAUGGAGAUUGGUGAUGGCGCAGCCGGUAGUGGGUGGAGGAGAUUUGAUUGUUAUGUGUUGGUGAAAAAAUUUGCUUUGGGAAUGGAUGGUACUUUAGUGCUCAAUUGUGAUUUCAGGCACACCCAUGAGAUCAGAACUAUAUGGGAAUAG